AUGGUAUCUAACACCGAUGAGAUCGAGGGCAAGGUUUCUGAGGUUGCUCAUGGCGACGUCGGCAAGUCGCUGGCGGUGUCAUGGGACAGCGAGGCGGAGAAGAAUUUGAGACGGAAAUGUGACCGGCAUGUGUUGCCGUGCAUUACUCUGCUCUUCUUCAUGUCUUUUCUCGAUCGGACAAACAUUGGCAACGCGAGGAUCCAGGGAAUGGUAGAAGACCUCAACAUGACCGGUCACGACUACAAUAUAGCGCUUUUUAUUUUCUUCGUGCCAUACAUACUUUUUGAGGUUCCCAGCAAUAUUAUUAUCAAGCGCGUUGCCCCUUCAACGUGGCUCAGCAUUAUCAUGAUCCUGUGGGGCAUCGCCACUGUUGGGCAAGGCCUAGUCAACAACGUCGGCGGCCUUAUUGCCUGUCGAUUCCUUUUAGGACUCUUCGAGGCCGGUGUCUUCCCCGGAUGCGUCUAUCUAAUUAGCAUGUACUACCCUCGUUUUGAGCUGCAAUGGCGUCUCUCGCUGUUCUUUUCCGCGAGCAUCAUGGCGGGCGCAGUCUCUGGCCUUCUGGCUUAUGCCAUCGCCAAUAUGCGCGACGUCGGCGGGUACAAUGCGUGGAGAUGGAUCUUCAUCAUCGAGGGCCUCGCGACUGUAGUCAUUGGAGCAGCAUCAAAGUUCUUCACGGUUGACUGGCCGGAGACAGCCAAGUUUCUCAGCGAUGAUGAGCGGAAAAUCCUGAUCGCUCGACUUGCACAGGAUCGGGGUGAGGCCAAAAUGGAUCGCCUAGACAAAAAGUCAGCAAAGCGCAUUUUUAGUGACUGGAAGAUUUAUUGCGGUAUUUUCAUGUAUUUUGGGUGGUUUUUCAUCCCGACGAUCAUCCAACAGCUGGGGUAUAGAGCCGAAGAGGCUCAGGUCCGAAGCAUCCCGAUCUUCGCAGUCGCAACGGUGUGCUGUAUUACCACGGCUUACUUGACUGACCGGAUGCGUCAUCGUUAUACCUUCACCAUGGUCGGUGUGAUGGUUGCGAGCGUCGGAUACAUCCUGCUCCUCUGCCAGCUCAGUAUCUCAGUCGGGGUGAAAUACUUUGCCCUAUUCCUAAUUGUCAGCGGCGGCUACAUCACUCAGCCUGUCACCUUGACGUGGCUGCAGAACAAUGUCAGCGGGCACUACAAGCGAUCUGUCGCCGCGGCCAUGCAAGUCGGUUUUGGCAACUGUGGAGGCAUCGUGGCUAGCAAUAUCUACUUUCAGGCAGAAGCGCCUGAGUACUGGACAGGGUACGGGGUGAGCCUCGCUCUUGUGUGGAUCUGUGGAACUGCGUGUACCGCUUUGUUCUUUGGUGUGCGGAGAGAAAACAGGAGGAGAGAUCGUGGCGAUAGGGCUUGGAGGUUGGACGAGCCCGAUGUGGACAAUAUGGGCGACGAUCACCCGGAGUGGAGGUUCACAAUCUAA